AUGUUUGCGGAACAAAUUCAAAAUGGCAUCAUAUAUGGAGACCAAAACUUUUUCGUGCCACCGCAUUUAAAUUUUGGGGCGUUUGUUUUGGAAAAAAUUUUAGAACAUAACGACAGGGUCGCUCUGAUAAAUGGAGAAACUGAAGAACAGAUAACAUAUCCAAAGAUGGUCCAGAAAAUUGUGAACAUCGCUUCGUCCUUAACCGAUCUCGGUGUGGAGAUUGGUGACGUAGUGGCCAUAGCAAGUGAAAACAGACUUGAAUACUUCGUUUCUUCAAUAGCAGUUUAUUGCUGCGGUGGGAUCAGCACCUUCUUUAACAACGCUUAUACUAAAAAUGAGCUGACUCACGCUAUUGAUAUCUCCAAACCAAAGUUUAUGUUUGUUUCUGGUGAAGUCUUCAAAAGACAUAGUGAAACUUUAAGAAGUAUCAAUUUCAUUAAAAAAAUUGUUUUAUACGAUGAUAUUGAGUCGUCAGGUAAUGACUGUAUCCGCUAUCGAGAAUUGUCUGAAAGAUAUGUGGAUAUUAACACAUACAAACCUAUUGACUAUAAAGGAAAAAAUGGAACAUGUAUGAUUCUGUAUACAUCAGGAACUACGGGUUUAGCAAAAGGAGCCAAAAUAACCCACCUUAAUUUAAUUGUAGCAUGCCAACAACCACAUUUUGGCAGCUCGUUAAGCAGAGAGUUAACUUCAUUAUUCAUUGCUCCAUGGUCAAGCACAAUGGGACAGAUAUGCGGUUUACAAGAUAUAGUUCAUGGAAUAAGAACUGUUUUUCUAACGAAAUAUGAGGAAAGAUUGUACAUUAAAACGAUUGAAAAAUACAAGGUUGGAUAUCUAACAAUGCCACCUCCAUUGGUUGUGAUGUUGUGCAAGUCGAGCAUUGUCAAUGAGUACGAUAUAAGUUCUGUUGAGAUACUUUUCGUUGGAGGUGCACCUACCAAUCCAAAAACAAUAACUCAGCUUAAAACUAGAUACCCUCAUAUAAAACACCUAUUGCAAGCCUACGGAGCAACAGAAGCCACAGGGUCAGUGUGUAGAGAAAUGGAAGUUGCACCUAAGGAAGGAAGCGUUGGCCCAAUCGUUCCGGGAAUAAUUAUUAAGGUUGUAGAUCCAGAAACCAAUAAAGUUCUCGGAGUCGGUGAGCCAGGUGAAGUACGUAUGAGUGGUCCAGCUGUGUUUGAUGGUUACAUUGGAAAAGAUAAGAAAGAUGACUUCGACGAGGCAGGAUUCUACAAAACAGGCGACAUCGCGUAUUACGAUAAAGACGGCUAUUUUUAUAUUGUUGAUCGGAUAAAAGAAAUCAUAAAAUAUAAGGCAUGGCAAGUACCUCCAUCAGAACUCGAAGGUAUACUAUUACAGCAUCCAGCAGUGAAAGAAGCUGGGGUUACGGGUACUCCAGAUCUAUUGGCAGGGGAACUACCUACAGCGUUUGUUGUCAAACAACAAGGUGCUAUAGUUACUGAAAAAGAGAUUGUUGAUUAUAUUAGUGAUAAGGUAGCGCCGUGGAAAAGACUGAGAGGUGGUGUAAUAUUUGUAGAUGAGGUACCAAAAACUCCCAGUGGCAAAAUUCUGAGGCGAAAACUGAAAGCGCUCCUACAAAGCGUACAAAAGAUACCUGCCAGUAAAUUGUGAUCUCAGUGGAAACUUUGGCAUAUUGAA